GUUACGUAAUCGCGCAUCGGGCAUGUCUGAAAUGGAAAGAAAUACAACAAAAUUCGGUGGUUCAGCGCUUUCACGUUCACGCAGCGCACAAAGCUUGAAAAUGUUGGGUGACAGCGCCACACAGGAUGAUAAAAUGACAAUACUGGCACAAUUAUUUUGGCUGUCUGUUUCUCUCCUGGAGAGCGAUUAUGAACAUGAAUUUCUUUUGGCGGUGCGUUUAUUAACACGUGUGCUGCAUCGCUUGCCUCUUGAUCGUCCUGAUGCUCGUGAUAAAGUUGAAAAGUUGCAACAGCAACUCAAAUGGGCGGGAUAUCCAGGAGUUCACGCGCUUUUAUUGAAGGGCUGCACUCACACUUCAACGUAUGAACCCACCAUUACACUGCUUUCACAAUUCGCUCCGAUGCUCAACUUGCCUGUUUGUGAUCCUACACAGAGCUGCGCAUUCCCAAUGAAUGUCAUCUCUUUGCUACCAUACAUGCUGCUGCACUACGAGGAUGCAAAUGAGAUUUGUAUACGCAGUGCGGAGAAUAUUGCACAGGUGUCAUCAGAAUUGGGCGCCAAGUUGGAAAAUCUUGGCACUGUGAUGACACUCUACAGCCGAAAGACAUUUUGCAAGGAGUCUUUCCAGUGGACUAAAUGUGUAGUGAAAUAUCUUCAUGAUACCUACGCACAUAUGGGACUGCAUAUGUUAGCCUUCCUGAUUGAGGUGCUGGAGAAGGGUCCACAACAAAUACAGGUGCCCGUUUUGAAUGUGAUACAUUGUAUGCUGCACUAUGUGGAUUUAUCCGCACCACAAGCACAGACGAUUAAUAGUGAUUUGUUGCGCGCUAUCGGCAAAUAUUUGGAUACGGUCAAUUGGAAGGAUGCAUUGAAGAUACUCAAAUUAAUUGUCACGCGUAGCUCGUCGCUUCAAGUGGUGCCGCCAAGUGAAGGUUGUAGCGCCGGUUUAUCGUUCUCCUUCUAUGGCACAUAUCCGGAUUCGGAUAUGUUCUGUAAAAAGGAACUUGCUGGUCGCACAAUGGAGUUCACCUUCGACGUCUCGCAGACACCACUCAUCGGACGUCGCAUUCUGCUAAAGACCGAUGAUAAUCCCACUAUAAUUGGCGGCACAAAUUCAUCGAAUGCCUCAACGAACACCACAGUGACAACCGCCAGCAGCGCAACAGUUUUAAAUAACGUUGUGGGGAGUGUGGCUUCUGCUGUUGGCGCCCAAUCUCGUAACGCUGGUGGUAUGGGUGGCACAGAUCAGGGUAAUUAUAAUACUACAUCCGCUGGGACGCACUUGCAGCAUAAUAACAACGGCGUCAUUGGCACUCCGAAUUCACCACGGCGAAGCGCAAGCCUAUCACCAGCCGACUCGGCUUCACUCAGUGGCUGGAAGCGUCCAUGGAUGUCCCAGGGAAGAGUGCGCGAGUGUCUGGUGAAUUUGUUGACCACCUGUGGUCAGCGUGUAGGAUUACCGAAAUCUCCAUCGGUGAUUUUCAGCCAAUCAUCCGAUCUUAUGGAACGCCAAUCUUCCGCUGCAUCUUCUACGGAAGAGACCUCUGGUCCGCAGGGUGAUCUGAGUAGUGGCUCGCGCCGUGAUGAUGGCCAGCCUGAUUUUACCGUCUUCAAAGACUUUGAUUUUCUUGAAUACGAGGAUAGCAUUGCCGGCGAGUCGACAGACAACUUCAAUUGGGGCGUAAGACGUCAUCAGCUAUUCGAAGGUGAGGAAGAGCGCUUGACCUGUGGCAGCGGUAUCGGCGGUGGUUCGAUCAAAGGUGGUCAUUCAUCUGCGCUCGAGGACAGCUUCAGUGAGAAGACACCUAUAUUAAGCAAAAGACGUCGACAAACUGCAGACGAUUCAUCUGACGAGGAUGGCGAAUCGGAAUCGCCUAUUGACGAAGACCAUCGCCAGGCGUUCAUGAAGUCGGCGUACAACGUGGGUCCUCCCACCUCCCUAAGCCUACGUGAACGGCGUCGUCGUAACUCUGUUUCUCGCAGCGAUACAAGUGGUUCCAGUGCAGGCGACUUGGGUGACAUAACACCGUGUAAUGCGUCGCCUCAUUUGCCAGGUAUUAUACGCUUCGGUGCACCCAUACGCGAUGAAGCUGAGGAGAACUGGCGCAAGCAGCUACAGUCGAUGUUGAUCAAUCAGCCCUCGGCGCAUACAUCUGAGCUUCUAAUGCAGCUUUAUCGACUUAUAAAAGAGCUGACUUUCAAGACGAUUAGCAUAUCAAAGGAGGCAAAGAAAUUCUUCACCGGCAUUGGUUCGCAACUAGGCAAUCGCAUAUCGCUAUUCACUGAUCUACUUAGCUCGCGCGCUGAUCCACCACGCGUAUGGUGUAGUGAUACGCAGACAACUACACCCCGGCUAUUUGAAACACUGCGAUUUAAUGUGUUAGAAGUGCAGGAGCACUUGGAGACUUUCUUCGACCGCAAGGAUCAAGUGUUGGAGUGCCUCGACGCUGUUAAAACGUCAUGCAAAUUGUCACUCUUCAAUGAAGCGGAUGUGGCUGCAUCUAGUAUGGAGUUGACAAGUAGCACCAAUAUUGGUUACAUGACCUUCGACCCGGCCUCCUCCGAAGUGGUACUAGAUCUGGGUCGCGCAUUAUAUAAAUUGAUGUUUCAAUUACUGCUUCUAAUCGAGUCAAACCACAAAAUAUCCUCCAAUGUUGUUAAUCAUUUCAGAAUCAACGAAAAGAUGCACGACAUAUCCGAUUUAUAUGCAUUAGUGCGCGACGCCUUGGUACGCAGCGUCAGUGAGGCGGAGCUCGAAUGUUUCGAGGCAGCAUCGACAUCCACCGAAGGCGAACACACUCCCACUCCUUCGCCAGGCAUACCCAUGACUAGCGAGGAAUUCGAAGUAACACUACAAGAACUUAUCGAGGGGCAAAAAUGGUCGGCUGCCAUAAUGCAUGUGCGCCAAUACAAACGCAUUUCGCAAAUGACUGCGUCCAACCCAAACUUAACCAUUUUUAGCUACAACAAUUUGGAUAGUCGUUUAAAGUUCGAUGAAAUGCCCAUUAUACUGAAUGCUUAUGCACAAAGCAUAAUGAAAGAUCGUACAGAGGCAUUUAUCGUUUCAAAAUACGAUUCUGAGCUAUUCGAGGUUUAUGCAAUACUAUCGGAGAACUUGUACCAUGUAUCCAGCGCACUCACAACCAUGGAAAUCAAUAUGAAAAGUUACUCGGGUAGUGCAGCUGCUGCGGCAGCUGCCAUCGCGGCGACCAGAGGAGAAAGCAGCGAUGCUGUUACGAAUCUUUGAGAACCUUCCUAUCGAAAAUUUUCAUUUAUGUAGUAUUAAUACAAUUCAUUGUAAAAACAUUUAAAACGAAAUCAAUUAAAUAUGCAUAUUAAAUGUAAGUAGUUGUCCCACUCAAGAGCAAACUAACGUGACACCGUCGAUGUGAAUCAAUCUGGAAGUUUUUAGCGUUAAUAGGUAUGAACAAGUGAAUGCAAUAGGGGUAUUCACGAUCCGGUGCAUACUGUCUAACAUGGUGCAUAUAUAGCAUAAAAAGCAUGAUUGUUGUUAUUCAAUAGGGGUAUUCUCCAAAGCUUG